AUCGAACUGUCAAUUACCACUGAUGGCCUUAUGAUAUCCUGGGGUCCAUCUGUAUAUAUGUGGCGCCUAGCAACCACAAUUUGUCCACAACGAAGAUACGUGACAAUGUAUCUCUUAGAAAGAGAUACCAGUUGUAGUUGGAUUUUUGGGCUGCUUUGACAAUCGUCACGAUUCACUUGGAUGACAUGAAAAAGUUUCGGAAUAAAGCGAGCUCCUUGCCAAUCUUCAAUGGACGCAUUACAGACGCAACCACAUUGACAACAACAUCGCUGCAGCUGCCACUGGUUGCUGCACAAAAUAAGAAUCCGCCCUCCUCUCGCAAACGUAGCUCCCGGGCCUUACCCACAGUUUUCACCAUUACGGACGGCAACACAGGGGCACCUAGUACAUCUCUGGCUGAGGCAAUGUCCACAAGUCAAAUGCCGCAAUCCCCGGAUCAACCGUUUCAGCAAUUGAUGGUGCCGAAGGAGCAGGAGGAGGAGCAGGUGAUUCACAUAGCCGGCACCGAGCUGGCCAACUACGAAAAGGUGCGCGUUGUCGGUCAAGGUUCCUUUGGGAUUGCCAUCCUCUAUAGGCGCAAAUUUGAUGGUCAUCACAUUGUGUUUAAGCAAAUCAAUUUGAGUGAAUUGUCGCCGCCGGGUCGCGAUUUAGCCAUGAACGAGGUGGAGGUCUUCUCCAAGCUGCACCAUCCCAACAUAGUCAGCUAUCUGGGCAGCUUCAUCAAGGAUAACACGCUGCUCAUUGAAAUGGAGUAUGCCGAUGGCGGCACUCUGGCCCACAUCAUUGCCGAACGACAGGGCAAACAACCCUUUCCGGAACGCUACAUUAUUGCGGUCUUUGAGCAGAUAUCCAGCGCUAUUAAUUAUAUGCACUCUGAGAACAUUUUACAUCGCGAUCUGAAGACAGCGAAUGUGUUCCUCAACGGCCGAGGGAUUGUGAAAAUUGGUGACUUUGGCAUAUCCAAGAUUAUGAACGCAAAGAUUCACGCACAAACAGUGCUUGGCACACCCUACUACUUCAGUCCCGAGAUGUGCGAGGGCAAGGAAUACGAUAAUAAAAGUGACAUCUGGGCCUUGGGCUGUAUUUUGGGUGAACUGUGCUGCUUGAAGAAGACUUUUGCCGCCUCCAAUCUAUCGGAGCUGGUGACAAAAAUCAUGGCUGGUUCUUAUACAGCUGUGCCACUCGGCUACACUUCGGGAUUGCGCAGUCUUAUGGCCAAUUUACUGCAGGUGGAUGCGCCAAGGCGACCCACUGCAUCCGAGGUAUUGGUCUAUUGGAUACCCUUAAUAUUUCGCAGCCUAGGCAAGAAUAAAGGUUACACCUAUGAGGAUAAUGUGAGCAGCAAUGGCUCUUUGUCAGCUGCACCAAAUUCACUUUUUGCCAGCCGCAGUAAUUUGGACAUGGAGCUGCCCACCGCCCAAACAGAGACCAGGAAGCUGAUGAGUGCCGAGACUGUUGCACCACAUGAGGUUAUCGAGAAGCGUUCUGUUCUGUACCAGUUGAAGUCAUUUGGAAACAGCUUCAGUAUGAGUCCCAUACAACUGCCACCAAAGGCUUUCAUUGUCUGUGUGGCGAUGAGUGAGUCACAUUUUGUGGUGAUUAACGAUGAUGGAUCAGCAUAUGCCUGGGGCGAGGGCACUCACGGCCAACUAGGUCUGACCUCGCUGGAGACCUGGAAGCAUUAUCCCGGUCUGGUGCAGAGUGUACGCAAUUAUCACAUGGUCAGCGCUUGUGCCGGCGAUGGCUUCACUGUAUUCCUAACACAGUCUGGCAAUCUGCUCAGCUGUGGCAACAAUCUCAAGUUUGCUCUCGGCCAGGAUGAACAAAGGGACUAUUUCACGCCCAAGCUAAUUGUUAAACUGGCAGAUGUCCGCAUCGAGCAGAUUACGGCCGGAAUGCAUCACGUUAUGGCCCUGAGUCGCGAAGGUGCCGUCUACGUGUGGGGCACAAGCUCCACGGGGGCACUGGGACUGGGAAAUUACCAGCAACAACAAAAACAUCCACAAAAGAUACUCUUGUCGCAUGUGAAGAGCAAACCCAUGCAGAUAUUCUGCGGACCAGACACUUCAGCCGUACUCUUUACCAAUGGGGAACUGCAUGUGUGUGGCAGCAAUGAUUACAACAAACUGGGCUUCAAUCGUACUGCAAGGAUCACAGCUUUUAAGAAAAUACAACUGCCUCAUAAGGUGCUAAAGGCAUGUUUCUCGUCCACACAUUCGGUGUUCCUAAUUGAGGGUGGCUAUGUCUACACAAUGGGCCGCAAUAAGGAAGGACAACGAGGCAUCCGGCAUUGCAAUACUAUGGAGCAGCCCACCCUGGUGGAUGCAAUACGUUCCCGUUACAUUGUGAAAGCAAAUUGCAAUGAUCAGUGCACCAUAGUUGCCUCGGAGGAUAAUAUUAUCACUGUGUGGGGCACCCGUAAUGGUUUGCCGGAAAUUGGGUCCAGCAGCAGUGCCUUAGGUCUGGAGGUCUGCAAUCCGAAUGCUGAAAUGGAGCUGAGCAACAAUACGGCUGCAUUUACCAAUUUCCUGGCAUCGGUCUACAAGUCCGAAUUAAUUAUGGAACCAGUGGAUAUAUUGGCGCUGUACUCAUCUAAGGAGCAAUGUGAACGUGGAUACUAUGUCCAGGUGAAUGAUGUGUUUCCUCUGGCACACAGCGUAUUGGUGAUGGUAGAAACCACGACACCACUCAUAUCCUCCUUUGAGGGAUAACUUUCAAAGACUCGCCUUUUAUCUUAUUUCUUUUAUUAAUAAAAAUUAAUGAAAAUA